AUGAGGAGAUUGGUUGCGAUUACGGGUAAUAGGUUUCUUCAUCGGCGUGCUCUGGUGAAAGGUAAUCUUUCUUCUCUUUGCGGUGUGUGUUGUUUCUGGGGAAGAGGUUUCUCUGGUGCGAGUUAUGAUUACAGAGAGAAGAUUAGAGGUGGGUUUCUACAGGAUGUUAAGUUAGAUGAUGCAAUUGGUUUGUUCAGUGAAAUGGUAAAGUCUCGUCCUUUGCCUUCCAUUGUUGAUUUCAGAUCUCGGAUGCAGUCUCUCUGCUUGAUCAAAUGGUGGAAAUGGGAUAAACCUGAUACCGUCACAUUCAACACUCUAAUCCAUGGACUUUUUCUCCACAACAAAGUCUCAGAGGCAGUGUCUUUAGUUGAACGGAUGAUGCUGAAAGGAUGUCAACCAGAUGAGCUUACUUAUGGUGCGUUGGUAAAUGGAGUGUGCAAGAGAGGUGAGACUGAUUGGCUUUAA